AUCGCUCAUUGCAAAAGGAACCUUUAAGUUUGAUAGGUAUUUUUUAUGCUACAGCUAUCUAAACCUUUCGUAGUUUAUGAUUAGAUGAUGACAGAUCGGUUGUCAUCAGUUGUCAUGUAAAAAAUUUGUUUCCUUUACUUUCCAAUCUUUCUUUCUUCAAUGAGUUCGUCGCAUUAUUGCGUUUGGGGUCUGUGUGGCCUACAGGGGUAUUGUUGUGGUGAUAAUGUUUGCUGCGAAGAGACAAAUAUUAAUGCUUUACUUAUAGGGGCAAUCGUUUUUGGAGCAAUAGCCAUUAUGUCACUGUGCUGUGCUUACCUCUACUGCAACUCACGACGAAUCUAUGGUGUUUUCUUGAAAAGAUACUUCAAAAUUAAUUACAAUUUAAUGUCUAUACCACAGGAAAAUCUAACAGUAUCCGUAACAAACCAAAAAUCGACAAAAACAGAGAAUUAUGUUGUACAAAUGUAGAAAACAAAGAUUUGCUUGUAAUAAAUAUUGUUUCUAUGGA